AAUUCAUCUCGAGUGAACUAUAACCUGUACUACAAAAUGUUACCAACUUUUCAUUGGUCAGAUUAUUUGAUUUUUGCUAUUUUACUUCUAUGCUACACAUUAAUCGGUGUUUAUCAUCGAUAUCAGGAUAUAAUUUUACAGAAAUUAGCCAACUGUUUUCAUUGUAUCAAUAUAAAGUCAAAAACCAAAACUAAAAAGAAAAUGAAUGUUGAAGAAUUAUUUCUAGGUGAUCGUAGUCUAACUUUAUUACCUAUUGUUGGAAGUGUUAUGGCAAGUUUUUUAUCAGCUGUCGCCAUAUUAGGCACAGCAUCAGAAGCAUAUCAAUCUGGUAUUCAAUUUAUAUUGCUAGUUGGAGGUUAUUGUAUUGCAUUUCCAUUAGCUGCAUAUGUUUAUAUGCCAGUAUUUUAUAAAUUGAAAUUAAAUAGUGCACAUGAA